CAAUGAGAAAGCAUUAUUGUUCACACACAUACGCACGUACGCUUUCAUACGUGUCUAUACUAUAAUAUCCAACUCUACAUAAUAAGCUCCUUCCACGAAGAGUGAAUAUUAAUGGCGGCUUCAGAGUUUAAGCACUUGGUGGUUGUGAAGUUUAAGGAAGAUGCUAAGGUUGAUGAGAUCUUGAAGGGCUCAGAGAAUCUUGUUUCUCAAAUUGAUUCUGUCAAAUCUUUUGAAUGGGGAGAAGAUAAGGAAAGUCACGAGAUACUUAGACAAGGAUUCACUCAUGCAUUCUCGAUGACUUUUGAGAACAAAGAUGCUUACGUUUCUUUCACAAAACAUCCUCUUCACGUUGAGUUCUCAGCCGCUUUCACCGCCGUUAUCGAAAAGAUCGUGAUUCGUGACUUCACCGUCGCCGCCGUCAAAUCUCCCGUUGUUGUAGCACCGUGAAUCUCAUGAUCUUGUUAGUACUUGUUAGUUACUGUAUUAAUCUCUUUUUAAAAUUGAAUCGUGUUUUGUAAGCUGUUUCGGUUGGUUAAGUACGUUUUGGUUUGAUUCCUUUAUUUCCGGUUCGUAAUAAUAAGAA